GGAAACCUAUAAAGGCGGAAUCGGUGAACGAUUCUUGAUGACUCGCCCUAAGGACCAGAUUGACAGGGAUAACGAGCCGCUUGACGGAAGUACCGUCAGCAGUGUGCUUCGUGUUCUAUCUAUUCUUUUCCAUACGCUGAAAUCAGCGGUACUGAAUGCUAGAGUUGUCGACCUGAGCAAUUAUAAAAAGGAAAAACCAAAAAAAGUUAAUAUUGUAAAUUAUAAUACCUCCGAGAUUCGAAGUGGAGGUUUGCCCAGUGUUGUUGCAGGGCUGGCCGAGAGGUGGGGAAUAAUGAGACUUUUUCACUUACUACGAAGUAAAAACCUUGAACCGAAGUCUGAAAGACCAGAUAGAAAUACUGAUCCUCUCGACGGUAUCACAAUAAAGCUCUGUCUUCCCUUACGCUUCUGUUUCAGGGAGUCCUAUAAAGGAGGCACUGGUGAGAGGUUUGCACUUGCUCGUCCGAAAGACCAGAUAGAUAGAAAUACUGAUCCUCUCGACGGUAGCACAAUAAACAGGGAGUCCUAUAAGGGCGGAAUUGGCGAACGGCUUAUGGUAACUCGACCCGAGAAUAAUCUUCAUCUCGAUCUCACUCCUUUCAAUGGAAUGUCUCAAACAAAAGACGAUUUCAAAUACACUGCCCCGAGUCCUUGUCCCGCUGCCAGGAUUGUGUCUUCGAAACGUAGGACAAAUGAGCUCAGUAAAUUUUAUUAA